UCCAGCUACUUCAUCUUCCCGGCUAACUCCCCCCCCAAAGUUCAAUGCUUUCUUCUUCCCUUUACCUCCCUCCAUCUUCCUCUUCCUUUCUCUCCAAAACUCUAAAUUCCCAAAUCCUAUCUCCAUCUCCACGCCCUACUCCUCAUCUCUACAUCAAGUUCCGGACCUCCCACCGCGAGAAUCUCCGCUACCUCAAAUCCCUCGGAAUCGUCAAUCCCACCGCUGCAAAUCCCCAAAAGCCCAUUUCUCCAGAUGCACUAGCUCACAUCAUCGCCGCCGUAAAUUUCCUCAAAUCCAAGGGCAUUUCAGAUUCCGACUUCUCCCGCCUCGCCUUCUUUUGCCCCCAACUCUUCUCUCCAACCUUCGAUACCCUCGAACUCGAACCCAACUUCGCAUUCUUGGCCAACGAUUUGCGCGCUUCGACAGAAGAAUCGCGAGGUCUGAUCGUUAACUGCCCUGAACUUCUCUUCUCGAACGUGGAGUACUGCUUGAAGCCGACGCUGAAUUACUUGAAGAAACUAGGGGUGGAGAAAUUAAAUGUGCCAAGUAAACUGAAUGCACACCUCCUAAACACAAGAGUGCAGAAAUUGCGGGGGAAGAUAAAGUUUUUGAAGAGUAUAGGGUUGGGCUACGAGGAGGCCAAGAGGGUCUGCCGGAGGAUGCCUGCGAUUUUUGGUUACAGCGUGGAGGAAAAUUUGAGGCCCAAGUAUGAGUUCUUGACGGAGGAGAUGGAGAGGAGCUUGGAGGAAUUGAAAGAUUUUCCUCAGUACUUUGGGUUUAGUUUGCAGAAGAGGAUAGCACCAAGGCAUUGGCAUUUGAAGAAGAUGAAUAAGAGGAUUAAGUUGAAUAGAAUGUUGAUGUGGAACGACGACAAGUUCUACUCAAAGUGGAAGUGAAUUUUUUGUCUUUUAAUCUCAAAAUAUAUUUUCUAUGUAGAUUAUGUAUGCUUUAAUUUGGAUGCUUACCAUUCAUACCAUUAGGAAUGGGCAGUGUCCAAAUUCUGAUUUUAUAUAUACAUUACCACUGUAAUUUCUGCCGA